AGCGCUGGACUACAAAUCCCAGCGUGCUUAGCACUCGCCGGGUGAGGAAUUAACAGAUCUGCACCCCGAGGAGAUAGGAAAUUUAGGAUCCGGAAAACAACGAUCAAUCAAUAUCCCGCUCUCCGAUCAGAGAUUACGGAAGAGAAAUCAUAUCGUGGGGAGCGUCAAAGGUCAGGCUAGUUAGAAUCCGGAAUAAGAGAUCCGAGCGUCAGGGUAAAGGGGGGACCGGGCCCGGUUCAGGGGUCGAUUAAAGGGAAGAAUCGGGACAAGAUCCGAGAUCCACGGAGGAGGCCACUGGGGAACCAGACCGAGGAUGUUUGUGGCCGCAGCAGCCGAGCGGAACAAGGAGCCCAUUCUCCGGGUCCUGCAGCAGUACAUAAACCCCGCCCUGUCCAACUUCCAGGUCCUGGAAGUGGCGUCGGGCUCGGGUCAGCAUGUGGCCCAUUUCUCUCGGGCUUUUCCCAAGGCGGUGUGGCAGCCCACCGAGGUGGACCCGCAGUCCCUCAACAACAUUUCAGCUUUCAUCAAGAACCAGCAGCUUCAGAACGUGAGACCACCCCUCUUCCUGGAUGUUUCCUGCAGCUGGGAAAAGUGGGGAGGGAUCCAGGCUAGAUCUGUGGACCUGGUGCUCUGUAUUAAUAUGAUUCACAUCACCCCCAUGAGCUGCACGGAGGGGCUGUUCAAAGGGGCUGGACAGCUGCUGAAACCUGAUGGUUUGCUGAUCACCUAUGGGCCUUAUGCCAUCAACGGGAGGAUCACCCCCCAGAGCAACGUGGACUUUGAUAUUGGCCUCAGAUGCAGGAACCCAGCUUGGGGGCUCCGAGACACAUCCCUUUUGCAGCAGCUUGCUCAAGCCAGUGGCCUGUAUCUGGAGAAAAUGAUUGACAUGCCAGCCAACAACAAAUGCCUGAUUUUUCGAAAACAGUGACUUGCUGACCCCCAGUCAUCACUUCUCACCGCCCUGGGGAGGAUUCCUGCUUUUCCCAUUGCGCUUGCCACAGUUCCAGGGCUUCAGAAAAAUUAGGCGCCCGGUCACUACUGGCAACUGCAAAAUUCAUCCUUAUACACGGGCUGAGCUUGGUGCUCAGCUGGUUAACAGGCUUCCACCCUGCCAAUUGGGGAAUAUUUAUGAGUGUGUCCUAGCUUUUCAGAGGCUGGAGGACUUUUCUCUAGGGUCCUGCCAUGCAGGAGCAGAACUGGGGCUGACUAGCAAGCCUUGGCAACUCACCAAGUCCUAAGUGUCAACCAGCUCUUGGCUGGCCUCCUUCCUGGGCCUAUGACCUCCUUCUCUCUCACCCCCUGCAUGCUCGUCUUCCGUGCGUCGGGAGAGCCCGGGGUGAAAGGUCAGCCUUGGCAUCUGCUUGCCAUCCUGAAUGAGAUCUACUUUUUUUGGGGUGUUCUGCCAGUCACUGACUUGUGGCACUUUGGGGACCUCCAUUUCUCUUUCUAUACGAGUGAAUUGUAAUAAAGGAUCUCAGCUCUAACCU